CCUUAGUUUAAAAACACAAUACAUCAAACUGCAAACCAUUUAAAAAUAAAGUUGUUAAAUCAAUGACUUUGUCAAAAAAAUAUUGAUUAAAUGAGAUAUUUUUUUUUGCUAUAAAAAUUGUUGGCCUUUGAGGGUCUCUAGAUAAGAUGAUAGAUAAAAAAAACUUACAUAAUGUUAGUACACGCAAUUGAUUGUGAUUUAAAUAUUCUCGGUCACGACAUGUAUGAAUCUACUUGGAUAUCAUUUUAUACUUUAUACACGCGAACCUUAUACAUGGUAUAUAUCCAGAUAUAAAAGCCUUUGUAAUUACUCGUCGAUCCGGAUAAUAUUUUGGUGAGACAGAUUCGAGAAGUGAGUGACGCAUUAAAGCAUAUGAUUAUGGCAUCGGCGAUCGAGGUUUUGGCGAAGCAGGCGAUGAAAACGUUCAGUGAUCGGUUCUGUCAGAAAAGCUUUGAUAAAUUAUGGAGUCUGAUGAAUAAAAUAACCACCGAGGAUGUGAAACUCGACAAAAAUAUUCUCGAUUAUGUCAGCCGACAGCCGGCGCCUAUGUGUGUAAUGGACAUAUUCGAAAAUAAGGACAUAACAAUCGCGAUUUUCGUAUUGAAACACGGAGUCACGAUGCCUAUGCACGAUCAUCCCGGAAUGUAUGGUUUGUUGAAGGUGAUCAGUGGUGCAGUAGAAUUAAACAGCUAUAGUUUGAAGACCAAAAGUGAUCAUGUAAUUAAAUCGAAUGAGGAGAUUGCAGCAGUCAGGCAUCGACCAAUUUCCCUUCAAAGUGAUUCAUCUGCUUGUAUUCUUACACCAUCGGAAAAGAAUUUGCAUGAAAUCACAUGUGUGGAAGGUCCUGCGGCUUUCUUGGAUAUACUCAGUCCGCCGUACGAUGUCGACGAGUUUGGCAAAGGACCAAGACCUUGUACAUUUUUUAAAGUUGUUAAAUCUAAGUUAUGUACAGAAUCGGCAGACAUAGUUGCAGAGAUACAGUUGUCAGUCAUAGAAAGUCCACCAGACUUUUAUUCCUCGACUCUCAAAUACAUUGGACCUCCAUUGAAAGAUUACUGUAACAAAUAAUCUUUUUCAUUUUUUAAUUUAUAAAUUUUGCAUUUGACAAUGCUUUACAGUGUGUAGGACGUACAUUUAUGUGUUAGUUCGCAUAUAAAUGCCCUUAAAUUUGAACUUAAGUUUUGUUGAUGUAGAUCAUACAAGAUUUAGCAUUGGUAUCGUGAGAUUAUCGGGACCAAAUAAUAUCUUUAUUGUAUACUUUUUCUGUAAUCCUGACUUUUAAUCUGAUAUUACGUGCUCAGAUUAAAAAUAUCAUUGUGUAUUCUUGUGCAACUAUGUGCUUUUUUGCUCUAAUAUAUUUUCUGAUCAAUAUGAAUGUAUAUAUAGUGACAACAAUGCAAGUGAAGAAGUUUAUUUCAAGCAUUCAACUCUAAGAACUAGUAAUUGUUUCUAUUGAGGUCGUGGCAAAAAUUCUAAAAAUAGGAAAAUUAUUACAAUUUAAGUUGUUAGUUUAGUUUAGAGACUAUACAUUUCAUUACAUGUACAUAUAUGUAUAUCGAUCUAGCUGUUAUUUAUUGUUCAUUAAUAUACAACAUUAUACAUAGAAAUUUCAUAUACUUUGACACACAAAAAGUACUUUUUAAAUAUUUUAAUCUUUUUGUGUCUUGAAUUGUCAAAAAUAUUGAUUAUUAAUUGAAUAAAAAGUAGAUUGUAAAUUAAA